UUUGACGUUUUUCAUUUUCAGACGCCGAACGGAGUGUUUUGAUUUUGUUCAUUUUCUCGGCUGUUUUCUCAGAAACUUCUAAAAAAUAACGUAAAAGUAGCUGAGUUUGUUGAAAAUUACGUCACAAAUCAUUCUGAUAACAUCUAUAAAAGCAGUUCGCAACGAUGGAUCCGCCUAAGGAACCUACCAAACCCGGAUUGGAAGUGGAUACGGAUGCUGCACUGGCCGCUUCUGCUGCUAAUGCCGUGGAACAAUGGCGCACCUAUCAAAAUGCAUAUGCAUUAUAUCAACAGCAGCAAGCGGCUUACGAACAAUAUGUGCAAAAGCAGGCCACCAUUACUAGCUAUGAAGAGCAACAGGCAGCUUACAAUCAAUAUCUGGAAGCCCAUAACAGCUACCAGAAGCAAUUGGAACAAUACGAGCAGCAGAAGGCGUACCAGGAAUUCUACACUGCAGCAGCAACUAAUCCUGCUGCUGCUGCUUCAUAUUACCCAACAACUACGGCAUUUCCACAAGUUGCACCGGUUACAAUGCCUCCGGUUUUUACGACCCCUUUGGCUCACGUUGAUCCGUUCUACAAUAAGGGGAACGACCACCGGCGUGAUCCGUCCACGUUAAGAGAUCGGUCAUUUGUUUCCAAGCGUGCCAAGGUGUAUACAUCUACAAAUUAUUACGCAAAUCCGGACGAUGAGCAACUUUUCCCUCCGGAACUCAAAGCGUUGUUCAAGGAUUUGGACUGUGGCUUGUGUAAGAGCAAAAUGAAUUCCCAUAUAUCUGCCAAUGUACACUAUCAGUCGAAGGUGCACGAAAAGAAGGUCAUUCAGUGGCUUACGGACUGGUGUGAACGCACGGGAACUCCUAUGCCGUACCGUGCACCGAGGAAGACCGUCCCAGUGGAGCCCGUUGGGCCCAAUUCACUUCGCUGCGAGGCAUGCGACUUGCCCCUCACUUCGAUUCAGCAUGCCAAUCAGCAUUAUACUGGUAAACGGCACCGUUUGGUGGUUAGUGGCAAGAAGACCCCCGCUGGGAGGGGCUACUUCAACAAAGAUGGCACGUGGACUAGACGCUAUGCAGUCGCUGAAGGUGAUCCGGAUCGGUUUGGAAUUGGUCAAUCGUUUGCCAAUAAAGCACACUUCAGUGUCAAUGAAGCAAAACGAAUGCGUUUAGAACCUCCACCAGCUCCUCCACAGGGACUUCUUGAGGGUACUAACGUUGAUAUGACAACGAACUUUGUGACUUCAGUUACAUCGGUAACUCCAUCGGCACCAACAGUACAACAACCAGCAAUUCCAGUUUAUGCAAAUCCUGUUGUUAUCGCACCGGCAGUACAACCCACCCAAAGUUUGGAUGCCGAAGUGCGCAAAAAGGAAAGUGCUGAUUGUGUCGAUGAAAGUGGUGUUUUUUGUAAGGUUUGUCAGAUAGCGGUCACUUCAGCAGCCAUUAUGGAAACUCAUUUGAAGGGCGUCAAACAUUUGAAAAAAUUGAAAUCCGUUGGCCGUAUGCCACCCCCAAAAGGUUCAUCAUCCGGUGCUAAGGGCGGAUGCUCGACCGAGAGUAUUCUGUCUAUCUUAUCGAACCCUCAACCGCAGCAAAAUGAUUGGUCAUUGUAUCGCAUGCCAACUGGUAAGUACUAUUGUAAGACCUGUAACUGUAUUAUGGCAGACGAAAAACUGUUUUCGCAACAUUGGUAUGGUAAGAAGCACAAGCUAAAGGCUAAGCAAGAAAUGGAAGAGUUGUCUGGAAAUGACAAAAAGACGAAAGGAUUUGCCUACCGUAGGAUAAAAAAGCCGUACCACGUUUAAUAUGAGAAAGACAUAUUUUAAAACAUACGACGUUUACUCGAACUAAUGGUUAGAUUCAUAUUUAACUGAUACUUAACCCUUUUUUUCCCAGGACUUUGAUCGACUGUUUCUAUUUAUGGAGUGAUAAUAGUGAGUGCAAAUAGACUACAUUUUUUGAAAUCAGUUUGAAAAAAACUGACUUGUUCAUCAAUAGUAAUUUGGAUACAGUACAAUCCCCAUGAGUUGAUCAUAUAUAUAUAUUUGAAAGAGAGUUUCAUGAUUGCUAUAAUGAUACUUUGAACCAGCUUUUCUAUUUUUGUUUCAAAGCUCGAUAUUUUCAUGAAUCAAUGAAUGUUGACAGUCAAUGAGUCAGUCCCUUCAAUAUUGACUCAAUGAGGUUUGACAAUAUUUAUCAAUACCUACUUAAUUUUUGGAACAAUUUAUCAAAGAUGCUCGCGGCCACACAAGAAACCCAAAAUAUUAGUAAUGCAGUUUUCUCCAAAUAAUCGAGUAUUCGAUUAAUCUAUUGAGCAAUAAUCAUAAUUCAAUAACUAUUGCAUAAUAAUUAUGUAAUACGGUUUGUCAGGUCAGUUUGGUUUUCGACAAACACCAAUGGAGCUCUGGAGCUACCAUAAGAAAAAACAGAUUAAGUAUCAGCAACAGCUGACAAGUUCAUGUGCAUGUUAAAAACAAUUAUCGAUUUUAACGAUUAGAUAACCAGUUUUGUUUUACCAAAAAAAUAAGGCAUUGUUAUUAAAAAUAUAUGGCUGUAUACUGUAAUUCGUAAACUUUCUCUCCAGACAUUUCUAUCGAUUUUCUCAUAAUAACAUAGGUAUUAUAGAAAGAAUACAUGAAGCCAAUUUUGAAGUUUUCAUUGUGUUUUGAAAGGAUGUUUGAAAAUUGCACGUUUUUUACUAAUAUACUUUUAAUGUAACGUGGAGAUUACAUAAUCAACACUAUGAAGGUAAAGAUUGUUUUUCAUAUAAAGGCUAUAAGAAUUAGAAAAAAUCUGUUCUUUCCAUUAUUUUUUUUUUCAAAAAUGAAUUCUAAUGGUUUUUAUGAUCAUCUUAAAACUAUUGCUCCAACAAUUUCGAGUUUUGUUUUCGUUGAUAAAUUAAAAAGAUGUAGCAUGCACAAGGUGUCCACUUUAUGAAGUUGUCCUUACCUUAGGUUGUAGGUCUAGUCGAGUAUCUUUGUUUACCCUUUCUUUCCCACGACUUUGACCGAUUAUUUCUUUAUGAAAAAAGCGUUUUGUAUGAAGUUCUUUUAAACAAAAAUUCUCGAUUAUUUUUUCAAAUCAACGUAAGUAACUUUUAUAUGGUUUUGAGAAAAUUAAUUAAGAAGAAUCACAACCCGUCUUCUAAAACUAUUUUGAAAUGAAUCACCUUUUUAACUUUUUUUCGCCGUGUACAUCACUUAAAUUUAGCAUACAUUCAGCUCGCGUUCAAAAACUAUGUAAUUUCUAUUAUUUUCCACAAAAAUAAUUAUAACAAAAUGAUAAGCCGUUUCAUUCAGUUACUUUCGACGUUUUUCUACCAGUGUAAAAUCGGCUCAAGUAGUGUUUUGUUUUGAUUCGUGGUUAAGUCACUUUGUCUCCCAUACAACAGAGCGGCGAAAGUAGCGGUUAGGUUGCGAAAGUGGACAAUCUUAUUUCGUCGUUUUGUAAAUCCGGAAAUUAAACGUUUCAAAAGUGAAUAAUCGAUUUGGUUUAGAGAAUUUCGUCUGCGAAACACGUAGGAUUGAUAAAGUAAGUUUGUAAACUUUUCUGACUUGAGUCUGUUUGAAUAAGUCUUCGAGAAUUGUUGUUGAUUGGAUUUUUUUCGAAAUCAGUAUAAACAAAUUUGGUUAUUUUUCAAUAUAAAAUUUAUUGUUUAUCAAAAGUUUUACUAUUGAAACAGUUAGUUGACGCUUAAAUUGAUCUAAUGGCUAUGGAAUCAUACUCUAACAACUACUGCAUAAUAUUCAUCUGAUUCGAUUUGUCUCAAGUUCGUCGAAAGCCAAUAGAGCUCUGAAACUAACAUGGGAAAGAGAGGGUUAAACAAAAACCUUAAAAUUUAGUCGGUUGAGAAAAACUUUCAAACGUUGGCAAAUUUUCUAUGAAAUUAAAUAUUAAACGUUUAUAAAAUCAUUUAAAAUGUGUUCGAAGAAAAAAUCACAUACCAUGCAUCUUUGCAGAAAACUGUUUGUUAUGAUAUUAAUGUUUUUUGUAAUAACUCCAACCGAUUUGCAUUUUCUGAGAUUAAUUUAUGUUGUGUUAUGGAGGACCAUUGACAUUUUUUUAAAUUUUUCAUCAACGAAUAUUGACGGUUGAUGCAUAACGCAAUGAAUGAUGGCUUAAGUACAAACUUAUUAAUUGUGGAAAACUCAUCGAGUAAACGUCGCAUCUUUCAUCGAUAAAGUAAAAAAGUGAAGCUUGAUAUAUGAUUCGAAUCAAUUUAGUAUAGUAUUUAUUCAAAUAAAUGUGUGCAAAUAA